UACAUGCCAAAAUUUUAUACUUUUGUGGCAGUUUUUCCUCAAAUCAUAUAAAUUUAUCAUUGAAAUGAUUUGUUUGAUUAAGAAAAAAUAUAUUUAGGACUAACGAAUUUAUCUAUUAGCCCCUGCAGGACGACCUCAUGAAGCAAAAAAUGAUACUUGUCACUCAGCACUAUUAUUUUCUGUGGAAAAUAAACAAUGAGCAGCUGGGAUGGUCGUCGCCAUCGUCGCCAUCGUUGCUAUUUUCUCGGUGCUGGCUGUCGGCCAUUAGUUUAGUAAAUCCUGUGCUGGUCGUCGGGGGAGACGUUGAUCCUUUCCAAAAUUAAAUAGUGAUCUUCUCUAACAUCAGGAAUUUCGAAAGUUAGCUUUGUCUGAAUCAGCUAAAAGGAUUUGGAUUGGUGCGAGACCUUCAUGUCAAGAUGACUAUCAAACAUAAAAAGAAGAGCGCUGAACGCCCUUUGGAGACAGAGAGUACUGAAGGCCCUACUCUCCUUGGAUCUCAUAUCGGGCAUCAUAGUCAUAAUUCAGUGAAUUUGACUCAGGCGGCAAAUGCACUUCAGAUGCCAGUGGCCAGGAACGACCUGGAGCGUCUGUUCGCGUCCAGCGCCAGCUCGCCGCCCGUGUGGCCUCUGCAGCCGGGCCGCAGUGACGAUACGGCACCGCAGUACGACGAGUACGACGGCCGCGAGCAGCCCGCCAACCCGGCCAAACGGCGACACCGCGCCAGCCCGCACAGAUCGGUUCGCGCCAAACACCGCGACCGUACCGAGCGUGGCACGGCCUCGCCCACCACGUUCCACCCCGCGUCCGCCGCCGCUGCUGCUGCCGCCGCUGCCAGCGCUCCGCUGGUAGUGGCCGGGCCCUCUGGCAGCCGUAUAGAGACUGAGGCUGCGUCUGGGUACAACUCUGGCGACGAGUACGGAGCAGACUGCUGGGACCUCACCGACGACCAGUGGCAGGAGAAGGAGCGUCAGUUCGAGAAGAAGCUGAAGAAGAAGGGCCUGAUGAUCAAACGUACGGUGGAGGACGGUGCCUGUCUGUUCCGCGCCGUGGCAGACCAGAUCUUUGGCGACGAGGAGAUGCACCUCACCGUCCGCAAGUACUGCAUGGAGUACAUUGGCUCGAACGAAGACUACUUCUCGCAGUACAUCACCGAGGACUUUCGCGAGUACAUCCGACGCAAGAGCAAGCCGUGGGUACACGGGAACCACAUCGAGAUCCAGGCGCUGAGCGAGAUGUACAGCCGCACCAUCGAGGUGCUCUGCUAUAGCUCCGAGGCGAUCAACAUUUUCCACGCGCCCCAGGAGCCGGGCGGUCAGGUGAACGAGCCAAUCCGACUGUCCUACCACCGCGGUACGCACUAUAACUCUGUGGUGAACCCGUACAAGGCCACCAUCGGAGUGGGCCUGGGUCUGCCCGGCUAUGUGCCCGGCCUGGCCGACCAUAACCUGCUGACCGACGCCGCCAAGAAGAGCGAGGACCUGCACAUUGAACAGACGAUGCUGGAAGACAAGCUGAAGGCGACGGAUUGGGAGGCAACCAAUGAGACAAUCUCGGAACAGGUGGCCCGGGAGAGCUACCUGCAGUGGCUCAAAGACAACGAGAAACGCAACAAGACGUCCUGCGCCUCCUCGUCGACGGCUACCUCAGCCGACGUGCGCUCCCCGCGCCCGCUGCCGGCCCGCAGUCCGCCGGCCGGACAGGCCUCCCCCUCGGCCGGGGCGUCGGCCCGCUCCGGCAGCGGCCGCGGCUCCCCGCGCGGCGCCGCCAAGCUGUCCCCUCUGGCCUCGCCGCGGGCGGGUGGCGCGGAGGGCGGCGCAGGAUCACCGGCCGCCGGGCCGGCCUCCGGUGCGGGCUCCGCGGCCGGCGCCACAUCAGCAGCAGCGCAGGAGCGCGUGGGUUCACCGGUAGCUGCUCCCGGGCCCAGUCGGGAUCUGGGCUUCCCGCUGAUGGAAACCGCCUCGUUCAUGAACCAGCUGCCGCCGGCACUGUUCGGCCUCUCCGAGUGGGAGGACGCCGGCAUUCUGGCCCAGGUGCUGGCCGCCUCCCAGCAGGAAUACCUCGACAGCCUCAAAAAGAGCAAAGACGAGAAUGGCGGCCGCAGCGCGGACGGCGCCGGACCUUCAACUUCGAGUUAACGACGCUAGGUGGCAGCACCGGCGCAACAGCGCCCGGGCAACAGAACGACUGCAUUGAUUGGGAGAACGUGCAAAACGCAUAGAGCAGUAUUGUUUCGUGAAGCGCGUGAUUCGUGUGUGUUUGGCCGAAUCCCUUGUUGUCAAAUAUUUUAGAUGCUGUUCAGUGCAGAUUUCCCGAGAAUAUCCGUUACUUUGUUGCGCACAGACCCGAUAAAUCGGCGUUACAUGGUUUUGUAUGGACUUACCCCGUGCUUUACGCUGUACAUUUGGUAGGUGCGGCCGCCGGCCGGUCGUACCACCCUCAGAGGAUACCAGCGACUGCCUUGCACGUGAUUUUGUUUGUGUGUUUGUGUGUGUGCACCGGCACGCAGCGCGGAUGGUUUGCCGGUGGGGAGGGGCGCGGGGGAUGGUCGGGGUCCCGAGGUAGGGGACCCAGAGCGGCAGGGCGCUGGUCACAGCCGCAGGGGUGCCGCCCUGUGUACAUAUCCCCGGCGAUGGCGGCCAGCGGCCAGUGACGUCACCCGACACAGCAGGCCUGGCGUGAUUGGCCUCCGCGGCGGGUGUGACGUCAUCGAUCCGACUGCGCGACGUCACUGCGUGCCUCCCGAUCGCCUGGGAUGGCAGUGCGUGACGUCAUCGAACCCGUAGCCUAAGGUUGAUUUGCCGGCCGUCGAUCGGCGUGGCGGGGUGGCCGAUGAAUAAGGGAGAGAGUACUGCGGUUGCCGCUGUAAAUCUAGCACGGUACGUCAUCAAUAAGGGGGAUUUUUAGUUGAGUGAUUGGCAGAGGGUGAAGUUUAUGAGUCUUCUUUUGUACAAAUCUGUUUUGAAUCCCGGUUUAUUUACUGAUAGUGCCACACCAGUGAUUUCCUGUUGUUCUCUAGUCUGUUUCCCGAGAAAAUAUGCCAAUAUAUCCGUGGCUUCACUUC